AUGGGAUCGCCGUUGGCCAUCCAGAAGUCCUUGGAAGGGGCGCAGGACGUCGGCUUGGAGAAGUUCAAGGAAGCCUUCGAUUCCAUCAUAGGACUCCUUGAUGAGAUCCUGGCUCAGAACGACGAUGCUCCUGUUCAAGUGUGCGUACAGUUACAAGGAAAGAUGACGAGAGAACAGGUGCUUGACACCAUUUGGGCCGAGGGCCAGGGCAAGCCGAUCUCCAUCUGCCACAUCAAUCUGGCGGCCGCACACGGCAGCCGCAGGAGGGUCACCAGGCCAAUUUCUGCAGAUUCCCUGAUCAGCGAAGACGAGGCAACAGAGACUGGGGUCGCUGGGACAUCUGUUUACGCGAGGCGAAAGGGGAGUCAUGACCCCAAGCUCGCCGUGGCUGCAUCAGCUGACUGCAUGUCCUCCCUGAAGUUCGAAGGGACGGUUGACGACCAGUGUGAGUACGCCCGACUCUUUGCACUAGGUCCCAUCGGUGCAACUACGGGGAAUCCGUUUGGAGCAGAAAGGACCAUGGAGCAGUUGGCAGCCCUUUCCACUCUCCAAGCCAUCGCCGCAUCGUGGCUCCCCCAAAAAUACAUGGGUGAUGGGACGAAGAUCUCGGCGGAGUUGAAGAGAAUGUUGGACGAGACGAACUAUGCGGAGUUGAUCGAAAACGCCGCGGCCGCACUUGGUGGUGGAUUCAGUGAGAGGGCCUCGACCUACUUCGUGAGAGGGUUGGGCCGCGAUGACAAGCUGGAACGCUUCGUCGUCCCGGUGGCACCGGAAGAGGCGCGCGUCCGAAUCGUGGAGAAGGUUCAGGAGAUGGAGCGCGCGUUGAUCAUGGAGAUCAACGGAAGGCGUGCUACCCUGAUGGACCAGCUAGGCGAUGCAAAGAAGGAGGCCGAGGUCAAGCGACAGCUCCUCGAGAGGUUUGACGAUGCAGCGGCGAAAGGCACAAAGAAAGGAAAGGACCCGGUGGUGUGGAACAACAGGCCCAAAGGAGACUAUCGCCGAGAUGCAGAAAAGGCGCUUGGUGUGGUGCAGAGCAUUGAGGCCAUGAUUGAGUCGCUUUACGACCAGGAGCCGACAGAGGAGUGGCGCGAAUCGGCUGCCGAGAGGCUCAAAAACGAGAACUAUGCGGCGGGCAUGACUUGGCUGGUGGAACACGAUGCAAAGGUGUCUGAAGGGCUCGAAGACGGUGAGUCUGCCACAGCUGGAUCGGACCUGCCUCGCGAUUUCCUCGGCCACACACUUGGCUACUAUGCAGGCUGCGCGUACGGGAUCGAUAUGCAAGGUGAAUGGGACACCCUUGGAAGGUUGUACGCUGCUGUGUAUUCCAGAAUGGUGGCAAAUGGCCGUGUCUCUGCAGACAUCCAGCAGAUCAGGGCGUGCAGCCGAGCGGUCGCAGCGCGUUGGGGGCUCCUGGGGACCGCCGACGAAGUCGCUUCCACUAUUGGGGCGGUGGACGCAUGCUGGCUCCCAUACGCCCCGUCGCUAGACAACAUCGUGGCCGGGUCUUACUACGAGAAAGUGAGCAUGAACACCUGGCGCCUGCGGUCAUACGCCGUGGUCGAGACGAUGGCUGUGUCGAUUGCCCAGGGCACAGCACCGGUCCACGUGAGCAGGGACCUCCUCAGCGUCCCGGCACGAGCACUGGCCGACAUGAUUCGCAAGAAUCCUGGCGCGUAUUCUGCUUCGUGCAGUUUCCUGGGCGGAAGCCCAAUUGACCCAGAGCCAAUCAAGACGACGAACCGGGAGCAGUUGGCCAUCUGCAUCGCUGGGAACCUGACGACACGUGAGUUGAUCAUGCAGCGCUGGCGUGAGGCCCCAUCUGCACAGAUGUUCGCAGUGAACACUGCCAAUACCAUCCUGGACCAGAUCCGCCGGCUGGAGGCGUACGCACGUGCGGCACCUGCGGCGUACAAGCAGAUCUACCGGGCAAGGAUCAUGAACAAUGCAAGCCGCCCAGCGCAAGCGCCGCCAGACCUACCCUGA